AUGGCUUGGAAGGAUAUUGCGCCUGUGCCGACGGCACAGGAAUUCAUCGAUAUAGUCCUCUCACGGACGCAGAGGCGAUUGCCUACUCAGAUCCGCGCUGGGUUUAAGAUUAGCAGAAUCCGCGCUUUUUACACCCGCAAGGUCAAAUUCACGCAGGAAACAUGCAGUGAGAAGUUUGGCGCCAUUGUCUCGAGCUUCCCUGUCCUCACGGACCAGCACCCAUUUCACCGCGACUUGAUGAACAUUCUAUACGAUGCCGACCACUUCAAGGUUGCUCUUGGUCAAGUUUCAACUGCGAAGCACUUGAUAGAGACGAUCUCCCGGGAUUAUGUCCGCCUCUUGAAGUACGCCCAAAGUCUGUAUCAGUGCAAGCAGCUCAAGAGGGCCGCCCUGGGUCGUAUGGCGACCCUCAUUAAGCGGUUGAAAGACCCUCUUCAGUACCUCGACCAGGUCCGCCAGCACUUGGCCAGGUUGCCCGACAUCAACCCGACCACACGCACUCUCCUUGUUGCCGGCUUCCCCAACGUCGGCAAGAGCUCCUUCGUUCGCUCAGUAACUCGGGCCGAUACGCCCGUCGAGCCUUACGCCUUUACAACGAAGAGUUUGUUUGUUGGUCAUCUCGACUACAAAUAUUUGCGGUACCAAGUAAUAGACACCCCGGGCAUUCUCGACCACCCGCUGGAGGAGAUGAACACAAUUGAAAUGCAGAGUGUGACGGCUCUCGCACAUCUCAGAGCCGCUGUUCUUUUUUUCAUCGAUAUCAGCGAGCAAUGUGGCUACUCUCUCAAGGCCCAAUGCAACCUCUUCAAGUCGAUCAAGCCGCUUUUCGCCAACAAGAUGGUCUUUGUUGUCCUGAACAAGAUGGACAUCAAGACGUUCGAGGAACUGGAGCCGGAGAUGCAGGCAGAACUGCAGGACUUGAUAAAGUCGGGCGAUGUUGAGCUGUUGCGCGCAUCCUGCGCAACACAGGACGGUGUGCAAGAAGUCAAGAAUCUUGUCUGCGAGCGUCUGCUUGCCGAGCGGGUGUCCCAGAAACUUAAGGCGGGUACCGCAAGCAACGGUGCUCUUGGGUCCCGCCUUACUGAGGUCAUGGCUCGUAUCCACGUUGCCCAACCAAUGGACGGCGUCACCAGGGAAACCUUCAUCCCGGAAGCCGUGAAGAACCUCAAAAAAUAUGACAAAAACGACCCCGAGAGGAGAAUGUUGGCAAGGGAUGUCGAGGAGGCGAACGGUGGCGCCGGUGUGUUUAACGUCGACCUGAGGAAAGACUACAUCCUUGCCGAUCCGUCAUGGAAGUACGACAAGAUUCCGGAGAUCUACGACGGCAAGAACGUCUACGAUUAUGUCGACCCCGAUAUCGAUGCGAAGCUCGCGGCGCUCGAAGAGGAGGAAGACAGACUCGAGCAAGAAGGCUUCUACGAAUCUGACGAGGACAUUGAAGACGAGGAAGAGGAGGAGAUCUUGCAGCAAGCCGAAUACAUCCGCGAGAAACACAAGCUGAUUCGCAACGAGGCCAAGAUGCGCAAGUCGCUCAAGAACCGCGCCAUAAUGCCGCGCAAGGUGCAGAAGAAGUCCUUCUCGGAGCUCGAGGACCACCUCGACCAGUUGGGCGUCGACACCGAGUCCAUCGGCCUGCGGGCGCGGUCGCAGGUACAGCCAUCGCGCGGGCGGUCUGUCACGCGCAGCCGUGCAGGUACUGCCGAUCCGGACGCCAUGGACGUCGACAGCGCUCCGUCGGCCAAGGAGCGCCUCCGCUCGCGCAGCCGGGUCCGCGACCGCUCCGUCAUGGCCAGCAACCGCCGCGAGGACGGCGUGGUGGAUGAGACGGCGCGCACAAAAGCCGAGCGGCAGGCCAAACUUAGCCAACGCAAGAUGAACCGCAUGGCGCGCCAGGGCGAGGCCGACAGGCAUAUUGGUGCCACUAUGCCGAAGCAUUUGUUUUCUGGCAAGCGUACCAUCGGUAAGACGUCUCGUCGUUAG